UUAUUAGUCUAAUUAUAUAUUUAUAUCGUCGUUGUAUUCUGCUCUUGUGCUCCGAUUCUCUCUUUACAGCUUUUGCUUUUCUUAUUGCAUUUUCCCACAAUUCUGUCUCUAUUCCUCUCCGGCCAUCGCUUGAACUAAUGAGAAAAUACGUAUAAGGAGUGUAUGUAGUUGUCUAUAUUCAUACGUAUUCAUGGCAGUAUCGGUGGAAAUGGAAUCCAACUCGUGGAGAGAUGAUCUGGCGAGCUUGGUCGAGGAUACCGGGAUAAUAUUCCCCGGGGAUUCAACGACGCCGGACCUGGCGGAGGAAGAAGAGGCGGAGACUUUGAAGGAUCAAAUCAAGGGGUUCGCGGCGGCGUGGGGCGAGCUGGCGGUGGAACUAGGGAGAGGGUUUCGGGAUGUCGUGCAGCAGACGAUAUUGACCGACGACUCUUACAUUGUGAAGAAAAGCAAGGCUCCCUUGGCCGACCUCUCCCACAAAUUUAGGUUUCUCAAUGACUCGUUGCCCGAGGAUCGCGAUCCCCUCCACGUGUGGCUUGUCAUUUUGUUCGUUUCUAUGCUAGCUCUGGCUGUUCUGAGUGUGAGUUCCAAACAUGAGAGUGCUGUUUCAUCGGUUUGUCUACAUCCUCCCGGUGCUGAGCGUAUACUGCUUCCGGAUAAUAGAUACCUAGCCUAUCAUGAAUUUGGAGUUACAGCUGAUGAAGCCAGGCAUUCCCUUAUUGUACCUCAUGGUUUCCUCUCUUCGCGAUUUAUUACAGGUACAUUGGGCAUCAAGGUGUCGCUGCUGAAAGAGUUUGGUCUUCGUCUCAUCAGUUAUGAUCUUCCGGGUUUUGGAGAGAGCGAUCCGCAUCCUGAUAGGAACCUUAACUCAUCAGCUCUGGAUUUGUCACACUUGGCAGAAUCUUUAGGAGUUAAGGGCAAAUUCUGGGUUUUGGGAUAUUCAACAGGCUCCUUACAUGCUUGGGCUGCUCUAAAGUAUAUCCCAAAUAAAGUUGCUGGUGCCGCCAUGCUUGCCCCAUUGGUCAAUCCAUACGACUCAAGCAUGACUAAAGAAGAGAUAUAUAAGACUUGGGAGAACUGGACCAGACGGAGAAGAAUGUUGUUCUAUUUGGCUCGACGAUUUCCAAAGUUCCUUGGUCACUUCUAUCAUCGAACUUUCCUCUCUGGAAAGCAUGGUCAACUCGAAAAAUGGUUAUCUUUGUCACUGGCAAAGAAGGACAAGGAUCUUGUUGAAACAUCAGCUUUUGAAAAAAUAUGGCACCGGGAUGUUGAGGAGUCGGUUCGCCAGGGAAAUCUAAAGCCAUUUGUCGAAGAAGCUACGCUCCAAGUGUCGGACUGGGGUUUCAGCCUCGUGGAUCUGCAAGUACAGAGGAAAUGUCCAAGAAAAGGAAUCUUCUCAUGGCUGCAGUUCAUGUAUGGCCCACCAGAAUGCCAAUUGGCUGGAUAUCUCGGCCCGGUUCACAUAUGGCAGGGAAUGGAUGAUAUGGUGGUUCCUCCAUCAAUGGCUGAUUUUAUUGCUCGUAUUCUACCAAGUGCUAUUGUGCAUAGACUCGAGGAAGAGGGACACUUCUCGUACUUCUCCCUGUGUGAUGAAUGCCAUAGGGACAUACUCGCGACCAUUUUUGGAAAACCUCAGGGUCCCCUCAGUAGUGUAGAUAAUACUCUAAUAGAAGACGGUGUACAAGAAGAGGGCUCAGCUCAGGCGGAGUCUGCAACUAUAUGAGAUUGACAUUUCUUGUUUUCAAAAACGACUGUAGAUAACAGGGAUGCUUCAUUUUCUCAAUGGAGCAGUGGAAAGGCACUGAAAUCAGACACCUUCUUGAAUUCCAGAGUCCAGGAGAUAACCUUACAUAGUUCUGACAAUAGAUGCAUCAAAUACACGAAAAAUGUGACACCUCACUUGGUUGUGAGUACAACGUUAUUUUUGUUAGUUGUCACUUCCCUUUUGCUACUUCUUAUCCCCCAAUAAACAUUUCAUUCUGCA